GGCCGGAACCCAAAGCUGGGGAUGUGGAGAAGCCGGAGCUUCUUUGCGUUUGGACGCUGGCCCCGGAAGUGGCGAGGGCGGGGUCAACACUGCCGAGUAAAGUCCUCUGACUUGGGAAGAUGCUGCUGGACCUUUCGGAGGAGCAUAAAGAGCACCUGGCCUUUCUGCCGCAAGUGGACAGCACGGUGGUCGCCGAGUUUGGGCGGAUUGCGGUGGAAUUCCUGAGGCGAGGCUCGAACCCCAAGAUCUACGAAGGCGCCGCCAGAAAACUAAAUGUGAGCAGUGACACUGUCCAGCAUGGUGUGGAAGGAUUAACAUACCUCCUCACUGAAAGCUCAAAGCUUAUGAUUUCUGAACUGGAUUUCCAAGAUUCUGUUUUUGUUCUGGGAUUCUCUGAAGAAUUGAACAAAUUAUUGCUUCAGCUUUAUCUAGACAACAGAAAAGAGAUCAGAACUAUUCUGAGUGAAUUGGCACCAGACCUUCCCACUUACCACAGCCUUGAAUGGAGACUAGAUGUACAGGUAUGGUUUCCCCCCCCCCACCUGACAAACUAUAAGAUUAAUUUUGGUUCUAUGUCCUCAGGCUUAUUGUAUUCUUUACCACCUUAACUGAACUUUGGUUUGAAACUUUAUUUUUUUAAUGUUUAUUCUGAGACCAUUUUACAAAUAGUUCAUUUUCUGAUAUGCUUAAUGUGUUUACAUCAGUUUCACUUGCAAAGUUUGUAACAAAUAGGUUCUUUUGGUAAGGAGAUGGUCAUGCAAAUUUUUAAAGCAGUAUUUGAUUUUUAAAAACUUUUAUGCCUAAGCAAAACAUACAUGGAUUAAAGUGCAUACGUCAUUGUAUAGCUCAGUGAAUUAUCACAUGGUAAAAACACCCAUAAAACCAAGACUUGCCCAUGACAGACACCCCAAAAGCAUCCUCUUUGCUUCUUACCAAUUCUUCUUCUUUCCUUUCCAAAGGUUAACGAGCACCCUGACUUCAAAUACAUACUUUUACUUGUUCUUUAACUUUCUAUAUAUGAAAUGAUUCAGUAAAUAUUCUUUUGUGUCUGGCUGCUUUUACACAUUACGUUUGUAAGAUUCAGUCAUUUGCAAAGCCACAUUGAUAACCGAAAGGGAGUUCUCAGACUCUUGUAUGUAGCCCUUUAUCAAGCAGUGACAGCUAAUAGAUGUUUAUUGAAUGUCAUCAUUUGCUGAUUAGAGCUGUGCCAAAUGCAUUGGUACACAAAAGAAGUAUGAGACAUUUUCUCAAUUGGAAAAGAUGUUAUAUACUCAGGGAUAUUAGGUGUUCUCAAAAUAACUAGUAAUUACAGAUAGUUAUAAGUUACUGGAGGGGGGGAAUAUAGUUGUAUACAUAAAGUUACAGCUAUGUACUGUACUUCACAAACAUGGCUUAGGUCGUUCAGUGGAUGCUUGCAGAAUCCAGGAAAGCUUAAACAAAAGGAGGUAAAAUUUCAGAAGGGUCAAUAAAUAGAGAAAACCAGGGUUAAUGUUCUUGGAAGAGGAGGCAGCAUAAGCAUAAGGGAAUGAGCUUUGAAUAGGUUGCACACUAGUUCCCAAACUUGACUGCAUAUUGGAAAGGCCUGGAUAGUCUUAAAAUAUUUUCGUGGAGCGCCUGGGUGGCUUGGUCGGUUGGGCGUCCGACUUCGGCUCAGGUCAUGAUCUCACAGUCCAUGAGUUCGAGCCCCGCGUCGGGCUCUGUGCUGACAGCUCAGAGCCUGGAGCCUGUUUCAGAUUCUGUGUCUCCCUCUGUCUCUGACCCUCCCCCGUUCAUGCUCUGUCUCUCUCUGUCUCAAAAAUAAAUAAAUGUUAAAAAAAAAAAAAAAUUCGUAUCUAUGUUCCGCCCCAGAGAUUCUGCUUUAUUGUUAUGGGGUUUGGUCCGAGCAUCAGAAUUUUUUAGAGUUCCACUUGUUACCCAGGUAAUUCUAAUUUGCAGUAAAGUUUGUAAAUUACUGUUAUAGUGGAUUCUUCCUGAUUUGAAUGGUGGUAAGAUGGUCCAAACAGGAUACAGAAAUUCAGUUAGAGGGUUUAGCAGUUAUAAUCCAGUGUAAUGAGUGCUUGAAUAGGUAUAAACACAGGGUAUGGUAUAAACCAGAUUGUAGGCUCUAUGAGGGCAGGUACUGUGUCUUGUUCAGUACUGUGUCCCCAGCACAAUGCCUGGUACAUAAUAGGCAUUCAGUGCUGAAUAUAAAAAAAGGUGGGGGAGGGUAAGUAGCUUCUUAAAUUAUUUAUCAAAUAUUUCUUGUACAGUUAUCAUGUGUUAGGUAUUGUGGAUUUAAAGAAUCAGACACAGUUCGUGCUCUUGGGAGACAUCAUAAGCAGCAAAUCCUGUGGGGCUAUGGGAAGGAGGAGAUCACUGUGGCCAAGCUUCUAUGUUUAGGUCCUUUCAUAAUAACCAGGUGGAGGAGAUGUGAGAUGGUCAUGUUUAUGAGAUUCAGUAGUAAUUUAUCUUGUAAAUCUUUAGCUCUCUCUUGGGUGUGGGUAAUUUCUGACUUUUGGGUUCUAGUAGCCCAUAGAAGUUAUUUUUUUGGCUUUAUUGAUUUGCAUUGAGUUUUUCCAUUAUGAAGACAUUUUUAGAAAUUAGAAACAAGCAAUUGAAUUUUCUAAAACUUGGGAGAGCUCAUUUACCCAGUGCAAUGGGUUUGAAUAGUGUGUUACUGCAAGAACUAAUAUAGUUUAAAGUUGAGUGUAUACUGAAUGAAUAUUGCUUCAUGUGGUAAAAUACGUUUAAGGGGUAAAAAAGCUACUUAGAGAACUAAUUGAUUUUCUGAGCUCAUUAGUCAAAAUUAUUACAAGGGAUUUUAAUUGGAGUAGAUUCUUCUUUAUAGGAGGAAGACUUGUCAGAUGAAGAUCAGCUGAAUUGCUAGGAAACUAGUGACAAGUUACAGGAUGUUUCAUUUUUGAGUAACUGAUUUGUCUCAUGGACACUGGUAGUGAAUGAACAAUUACCAUCUAAUUGUGCAGUUGCUUAUGAGAAAUACAUUAAUCAUCAUAGUUCAGUUUCUAGUAGAAACAUUUCCCUUCAUAAAUUGCCAGCACAAUUAAUGCACUUAAUAACAUAAGUAAAUUGAAUGCAUCUGAGAUUGGUGAGGGACGAUUUACCUUUAGGACUGAUCCAUUUAAAUUGCUUUUGUUAUUUUUACAAAGAGAAGGACAGAACAUAAGUCCUAAUCAGGAACCUUGUGGGCUACUGUUCUUUAUCCUGUAGUACUGUCCUUGAAAUUCAUUUCUGAGAAAAAAAUUAGGUCUAAAUAUGUCUUACUAGGUGUUUGUUAGGGAUGUUGUAUAACCUUCACCUGGAAAUUUUAAAGAAUGAUAUAGAUGCUUAUUUGUAAAGGAUAUUAAUUUAGAUAUUAUGUUGUGUAAAAGUUUGAGGAUAGAUUGAGUCUUUGGAUGAAAAAUUUAUGGUUUAUACACCUAGAUACAUUUGGUCCCUGUCUAUCAAUGCAGAUAUAGAGGAAAAAGAAGUAUAAACAAUGUGUAAGUGAAUCAAUAAGUAGUAUUUUCAGUCGUCAUAUUUAUAGUUUACCUAUCUUUCAUAUCUAUAAUUUUCUGUACUGGAGAAAUGAUCUUAAAGAGACACUUUAACUUAUAAGUAUCUGUAUUAUUUUGGGGACUGGCUCACUCAAGGGGAUUGACCUGUUGUUUCCAAAUUAUUUUUAGACAUUAAAUUUCAGUAUCGUGGGUUCUUUUGGAAGCCAGAUCACCUAGAAUUAAUUGGAAGAAGUUAUUAGUCAGAAUAUUCUGUGUUGUGGUAUAAAUUAAUCCUGAAAUCUCAGGGUUAGAUUUUUGCUCACUCGAAAGUCUCUUCAGUUGGGCUUCUUGUCCUUUUGACGUGACUCCAAUAAUUUUAGGUAACAAUCUUGCUUUCCUGUAUAGCAAGAUGUUUCAGGCUCAAUCUUGCACAGUUGUUAUCCCAGACCUCUAAUCAGUUACUCCUUUAAGGAGCUCCUGGCUCCUUUUAAGGAAGAAUGGUCUUUAGAGAACAGUUGGUGCUAGAGCUAAAUGCCUUCGCUUUCAAGUUAGCCAUUGUUUCUAGUAGUUUUCUUUUUUUUCUUUUAAAAAUAUGUCAAUAGUACAUUUUUAAAAAAAUUCAGAAUAUAUCAUACAAAUAAAGAUUACAGAUACUCAGUUUAAAGAAUAAUAGUAAAACAAGUACCCAUUGCCAAGCUUAAGAAAUACACUGAGGGGUACCUGAGUGGCUCAGUUGGUUAAACAUCUGACUUAAGCUCAGGUCAUGAUCUCGAUGUUCAUGAGUUCAAGCCCUGCGUCAGGCUCUUUGCU